AUAUUUACAUGUGUGGAGUUUAGAUCUGGUCAUUUUUUAAAGCCUGUUUUUGUGUGUAUUUGUUUGUAUUUCAGGAUAUCUUCACAUACAUAUAGCUAUAUGGAGGCGAUGAACAUUAAAUCCUCACUGCUCUGCUCUGUGGUGAUUGUAUGGCUGGCUGUCUGUGUGGACUCUCAAUCUGACCAAUCCCGUGUCUUCAUGACGGCUAGAGUGGGUUCCUCGGUGGUUCUGCCAUGUGAAUGGAGAGAUGCUCUCAGCCCAAGUCCUCAUGUUGAGUGGAGAACGUUUACUGAGACGGUGUUUGAGCGUCUGGGGGAGGAGCAUUAUGAGGGGGAGGGGUAUAAAGAUCGGGUUGAUGUUCCUGAAGAUAAACUGAAGAAAGGAAACUGUUCUCUGGUUCUGAAGGAGGUUAAAGCUGAAGAUGCUGGAGUUUAUGAGAGUUACCUGCUGGUGAAACGAGUAAAAAGAGCUCUGAGUUCUAAACGAGUCUUCAUCCAGAGCGUGGAGCUCUCAGUAGAUGAAUCACCUGAAGACAGAUCUUUUCAACGCUUUGUUGCGACUGCUGAUGCUGGAAUGAUCUCUCCUCACCUGCUGACUGUAGCGUUUAGCCUGUUUUUAUACUUAUUUACUUUACUUUAAGAUCACAGGAAUAUACAUAUACAUAUAUCUUAAUAAUAUAUAGUACAUUUACUUCCAUAAUGCAUAUAUAUAUUUAUAUGUACCAGUCAAAAGCCAAAAAAAACUUUUGGUGUAAUGCUUUAUUUUUCUACAUUGUAAAUGAAUCUGUCUAUCUUUCUCUGUCUGUCUAUCUUUGUCGCUCUCUAUUUCUCUCUAUCUCUCUACGUCUAUCUAUCUAUCUGUAUCUCUUUCUGCCUCUCUCUCUCUUUCUAUUGAUCUCUAUCUCUC